AUGGACUCUUUGGACAUAGCAAAUGCAGAUCUAUUGACCAGAGCUCACACUUGCCUCAACAAUCCUAUCUAUUCACUUCUGGGGCAGGAAUUGUUUUGGAAGAACCACUUGGAAUCAGACACUGUUACUUCUUUCCAAUUGGAUUUCCAGUGCACCAACAACGGAGCAGAAUAUGAGGCUCUAAUCAUAGGCCUAGAGAUGCUGGUAGAACUAGGAAUCCAAUCUGUGGAAAUUUUAGGAGAUUCCAUGCUUGUCUUGAAACAGAUUGCUGGGGAAUACAAGUGCCUAAGUCCUUCUCUAGCUGUCUACUCGGUGGCAGCUAGGAAUCUCCUGACAGAAUUCAGAGAAGCUACUUGGGAGCAUAUCCCAAGGGAAGAAAACUUUGCAUCCAAUGAAUUGGCUCAGGUAGCAACAGGCAAGCCUACCAUCUGUUCUGUCCAGGGGGAUGGAAAUAGAUGUCAAUUCUGCCGUAAUCACUGA